CUGAAAGGCAAAACAUCUGUGGCGCUGAAGGCUCGGCGAUUGUGUGGAAAAUCCUGCUUGGACGCGCGAACAUGCGUGUUCUGGAGCUGCGGAGGAAGGCGCCGCAACCCAGUGACCCGUAGCCAUUCCAGAGGAGAGCUGCGCGCCGUCUGCUGCCAUCGCCGCCGCCGCUCACAAAGGUUGCAGCCGUCAGACAGCGGUGGAGACGCCCGCGCCGAACGGAGCCAUCGCGUCUGCGGGAGAGCAUGGGACAGAUGGGAAACGCCUGAAGGAGAAGGUGAAGGUUCUUCAGCUGCCACACACUUGUUUCCAGUUUGGAGACAAAUCAGACUCAGGAGCUUUGUCUUUUGAAAAAAUUGAUUGAGCACUAUGGAGGCUACAACCAUAUUGCCUAUCCUGAAGAAGAAGCUGGCUUUUCUCUCUGGAGGCAAGGACCGGCGCAGCGGGCUCAUCCUGACCAUCCCAUUAUGCUCAGAGCAGACCAGCAUGGAGGAGCUCAGCACCACCCUCGACUACCUGCUCAGCAUACCCAGUGAGAAGUGCAAAGCAAGAGGCUUCACUGUCAUUGUGGACGGCAGGAAGUCACAGUGGAACAUAGUGAAGACAGUCGUAUUGAUGUUGCAGAAUGUAAUACCAGCCGAGGUGUCCUUGGUGUGUGUGGUGAAGCCCGAUGAAUUCUGGGACAAGAAAGUCACCCACUUCUGCUUCUGGAAGGAAAAGGACAGACUUGGGUUUGAGGUCAUCCUUGUGUCUGCCAAUAAGCUUACACGGUACAUCGAACCUUGUCAGCUGACAGAUGAGUUUGGAGGAAGCUUGGUCUAUGACCAUAUGGACUGGCUCAACAAAAGGCUGGUCUUUGAGAAGUUCACCAAGGAGUCCACAUCGCUGCUGGAUGAGCUGGCGGUCAUCAAUGAGUCGGAGGCGGGAAGCCAACCAGACAAAGACAGACCUCUGGAUGGUAACUUUCUGCCAUCUUUUGACCCUGAAACAGUGCUACAGACUGGCCACGAACUGCUGUCGGAGUUGCAGCAGCGGCGCUUCAAUGGCUCCGAGGGCAGCACAGCCUGGUCGCCCAUGGACGACGAGCUGCUGGCGCAGCCGCAGGUGAUGAAGCUGCUGGACUCACUGAGAGAGCAGUACACCAAGUACCAGGAGGUGUGUCGCCAGCGGAGCAAGCGCACUCAGCUGGAGGAGAUUCAGACCAAGGUCAUGCAGGUUGUGAACUGGCUUGAGGGCCCUGGCACAGAGCAGCUCCGCACACAGUGGGGGAUCGGGGACUCCACCAGAGCCUCCCAGGCCCUGCAGCAGAAACAUGAGGAGAUCGAGAGCCAGCACAGUGAGUGGUUUGCUGUGUAUGUGGAGCUGAACCAGCAGAUGGCUGCGCUGCUUAGUGCAGGGGAUGAGGAAGACCUGGCGGAGCUUAAGAGCCUGCAGCAGCAGCUGAGUGACGUGUGCUACAGACAGGCCAGCCAGCUGGAGUUCCGGCAGAACCUGCUGCAGUCGGCCCACGAAUUCCACGGGACGGCCCAGGAUCUGUCCCAGCAACUGGAUGGGUUGUUGGGCAUGCUCUGUGCGGAUGUAACCCCCACGGACGGAGCAGCUGUUCAACAGACUCUGAAGCACCUGGAGGAGAAACUGAAGAGUGUUGAGGGAGCUCUGCAAGGCCUCAGGGAAAAGGGACAAAUUCUUCUUGACCAGAUCUCCAAUCAGACGUCCUGGUCAUACGGCAAAGAUAUCGUGAUCAAAAACAAAGAAAACAUAGAUCAUAUACAAAGUGUUAUGGAAGACAUGCAACUGCGAAAACAGAGAUGUGAGGACAUGGUGGACGUGAGGAGACUGAAGAUGCUCCAGAUGGUUCAGCUUUUUAAGUGUGAAGAGGAUGCCACGCAGGCAGUUGAAUGGUUGGGGGAGCUUCUAGAUGCUCUUCUGAAGACUCAUGUAAGAUUAGGAGAUGAUGCACAAGAAACCAAAAUUCUGCUGGAGAAACACAAAAAAUUUGUGGAUGUUGCACAGAGCACCUAUGACUAUGGCCGACAGCUCUUGCAGGCCACAGUGGUCCUGUGCCAGUCGCUGCGUUGUACCACCCGCUCCUCAGGGGACACCUUGCCUCGCCUCAACCGCGUAUGGAAGCAGUUCUCGGUCACUUCCGAGGAGAGGCUACAGCGGCUGGAGAUGGCUAGUGCCUUCCACACCGCUGCGGAGAAGAUUCUGACAGGUUGCUCAGAACAGUCAGAGACCAGUGUGGAUUUGGAGGUGUAUGAAGAGGUUGAGGCAGUGGGCAAGUCUCUGCUCGACAGGCUCACUGUACCUGUGAUCUUCCCUGAUGGGAGCGAGCAGUAUUUCGGCAGCCCCAGCGACAUGGCUUCCUCUGCUGAACACAUCCGAGACAGAAUAAAGCUGGUUGAGGUGAGGAGGCUGCAGCAGGAAGAGGUGGAGGUGGAAGCGGCCGAGCAACGGCUUGAAGAAGAGCUCGAACCAACCCUCCGGGACAGCUAAUGGCACCGCACUGCUGCAAGUCAUGGGCGUGAGGACUCGUGAGAAAGAGCCCGUCAUUCUGUGGGUGUCACCGCAUUCCUCCCAUCUCGGCUCUAGUACACCCCACCAAGCCAUGUUACCUUGUUACGUGCAUUUGAAGACGGUGGCACCUGUACUCCUUUAAAGGUUACUCGGAGAGCAGGACAGGAGCGGAUUGCACUGAACUCGCCCCCACAAAGCUUUACCUGGCCUGUUACUUGUCCUCCGCUGACGGGUCACCGAGCUUACAUGGUGCUACUAAACCUGUAGAAUGUAUAGAAAGCGCCCUCUCGUCUUUGUUACUCCCCGGUGCUUUAGACUUCUAGGCCUUAGGCGAAUUCCCUCUUUGUAGACAGUAAGCAAUGUAUUUUAUAUUUUUGUUUCAUUACUUUUUAAUAUCCUUGGUGGUUGCUGCAAGUUUUUUUUUUUUUUUUUUUUUUAGUGUGCCGGAACGCAGAACUCUCCUAGUCUCCUAAUUACUGCUUUUGAUACUCGCAUAAACUGCCUAAUGUAUGGUUUUUAAGUAAAUAUGGACUGUAUUUUUCACCAAUAUUAGCAAUGUUAACCUGCUUUUAAAGAUGUGCAGAUUGCUGUUAUCUGUGUACAUCCGUGUACAUUAUAAAAUCAAAGCUUUGUUAGAAAAUGUAGAUUAGAACUGUAUAAGCUUUUAAAUUAAAAUAUUAAAUGGGACUUAUGUUCAGUCUAUUCAUAAUUGUCAUUUGAAAGUGUACUCUCCUUGCAUCUUGAAGCAUGCUAUUAAAAAUUAAAUUCUAUAUUUAUUUCAAUUUGUUUUUAUUUGUAAAUUGCUAUGGUUUUACAAAUACAGCAGCUCUUGUUUUUGGGUUGCAAG